AUGUCGCGGCCUGUAUCGGAGCGAACACCGCUUCUUCGCUCUACAUCGCAGAACCACAAAGGCACCCCUGCUUUCACUCAACCCGAAGUUACAGCUGCAGAGGUAGCGCAGCAGGGCGAAGGCGCUGCUCCCCAGUUCCCGGAAUCACGAAAGAGUAGGAGCCGCUCGCAGGAUGGCGUUGAUGGUGAUGAUGAUGAUGACGACGAUGACGAUGCAACAACAAUAUCAGAGGCAGGAGACCUGGUCAAGUUUGAAGAGAAUGGAAAGCUACAGGGCGUCGGCAUCUGGAGAUUCAGAUGUGUGUUCGGUGGCAUCCUGCUGGGAUACUUUAUUGCCAUGUUUGACUCUACAUUGAUGGCAUCCAGCCAUCCGGUCAUCACAUCCUACUUUCACGCUUCAAACUCAGCCUCGUGGCUAUCCACGGCCUUUCUACUUACCUCGACCUCACUCCAGCCGUUGAUGGGCCGCUUCUCAGAUACGUUUGGCCGUCGGCCUCUAUAUAUAGCUGGACUCAUCCUCCUUGCCACCACGACUGCAUGGUGUGCUCUCGCGCAGAGCAUUGGAAGCUUUAUUCUCGCGCGCGCCUUUUGUGGCAUCGGCGCUGCGGGCGUGCUGUCAAUGGGCAACAUCAUGACUAAUGACCUUGUCAGCAUCGAAGUGCGAGGCACAUACCAGGCGUAUAUCAAUCUCUUCUACGGUGGCGGAGCUGCCUGUGGAGCCGCGUUUGGUGGUUUUCUGUGCGACAGACUAGGCUGGCGGAUGACGUUUGCUCUUCAAAUACCACUCAUUUUCGUCCUACUGAUCAACGCCCUGCUCACGACUCCGUCGCAUCUCGGGCCCAAUCUGGCACGACGUUUUGGAUUGGGCUUCCGGGACGCCAUGAAGGGCUUCGACAUUGCGGGGUCAAUAUUGCUUACAGUGUCUGUUGCAUUUUUGAUUCUAGGCUUGAACCUUGGAGGCAACAUUUACCCAUGGACACACUGGAUCAUCCUGACUUCCCUUGUCGUAGCACUCGUAACCAGUGCCGUGCUUAUCAGGGUCGAGUCGAGAGCUGUACGACCCGUCAUGCCGCUUCCCAUGCUGUUUAGCAAACCGCGCGGCAGCCUUGUCUUCAACAACUUCUUUGCCCAAAUUGGCAUGAACACGAUUCUGUUCAAUGCUCCCUUGUACUUCCAGGCGGUCGAGCUGGAAAGUGCGUCUGUGUCGGGCUUCCGUCUUGCCGGUCCCUCGGUUGCCCUGACUGUUUGCGGCGUGUCUGCUGGCUUCAUCAUGACAGCGACAGGCCGCAUGAAGUGGCUCAUUGUAGUCGGGUCACUUUCGAUGCUACUAGGCGCCACAUGCCUCUCUCUUGCUGUUCUGGCGACCAGUACCCAAGAGGACCAAGCUGUCAUGACCAGCACACUUAUCUUAUGGCGCAGCCUGGGGAUUGUCAUGGGUGUCUCCCUGAGCAGUCUCAUCAUGCAGAACGCAUUGGCAUCGUACCUGGACAAACUAGUCACGGGUCAUGACAAGGCCAAGAUUAUUCGACGCGUACGUGAAUCAGUCCGCAGCAUAAUCGACCUUGAUCCCAAACAUCAAGCCCAAGUUAUCGAGGCCUACAGUCGUAGCCUGCGACUAGUCUUCAUCUCGGCAAUUGCCAUGUUUGUCAUUGUUAACGCGCUAGUUUCUGCCAUUGACUUGCCACGCUUGAGGAAAAAAGAAGCUAGCUCGGAAGAUGGCGAGGACAACGAAGAGUGA